CCGACGAGAGGGAAAUGGCGACCAACGCGGUGCCGCGGGCGUCCAAGCAGCCCCUGUCCCCUUCGACGUCCAGACACUCGGAUACGAUGUCUCCGCGGCAUAGCACAUCUGCCGCGCGGACUUCGUCCAACCCCGAGAACAUCAUGAUGCUGUUUGACAAGAUUUGCAGCGACUACUUCAUGGCACGGUAUGCUAGCAACGACAGCGGGCGGCACAUUCUGUUGUCGUCGCUCACCAAGUUGUGCCGCGUAAUCAACCACCAGCAAGUAAGCGAGAAGAUGAAUACGAGGAUCGCCGCGUAUUGCGAUGCGUUGGUUGCAGACGCGCGGAAGAAAGAGCACGACAUGAAGCGCGCCGCAAAAGACGACAUCCAGAUCGAAAUGGCGCUGCGCGACUGGAUGAAACCCAAAUUUUUGCACUUGCUUGAGGAAAUGCGGCUCGAAUUCGAACUCAACUACACUGGAUCGAUGCCGGAGGUGGGAAAGGAAGUCGCGGCACUCGGUGAAAUCCGCAUUGAGGGGUGGCUCCGCAAGAAGGGCGCCCACGUCAACUUGUGGCGCGAACGAUACUUUAUGAUUCGGUCGUCCGCCAACGGCACGCACAUCCUGUGCUACUUUCGGAAGAAAGGGGACCGAGAGCCCCGAGGAUGGUACGUCCUGGGCCCAGGCUGCACCGUCGACGAAGUUCGCGAGUCCCCGAGUCUCAUGGAAUCCAAGAAGCUCUUUACGUUCCGCAUUCGGCACUACUCGUACAAACUCGUGGACGAUAGCAACGGAUCGUCCGACGAAGUUGACAGCCUACCGCAGCCCCAGAGCACCCCUGCUCAACAGCCGCCGCCUCAACCAGCCACUUCUUCUGCGCAUCCUCUGUCUUCGCAAGGAUCGUCUGGUGACGGAUUUGAUUUCAACUUUGACCCCAAGGCAAACAUCAAGAAAGCGCGGAUGAAAAAAAUGGCAGUUGCCGCAACCGCCGCCACUGCUGCUACCGCUACAUUGGUUCUCACGGGGGGAUUGGCAGGGAUUGGCAUGGUAGGGGUUGGCGCGGCGGCGUUUUCGUCGGCGGCGCUCACGGCUUCGGCAGGGUCGUAUUUGGCCAAAUCACACACAGCACCGAUUGCGCUGGCGGCUGAGUCGCUGGAGACGGCCAUUUGGUGGCGCAACUGUCUCUUGGAAUGCAUUACGCAAGCCGAGAACCACUGGCGCAAGUAUGUUCAAUGGUACCUUGCCCACGACAAGCUCGACAUGGACAACGUGUUGGUCGACAACCCCGACGAGAAAGACGAUCCGACGGUAAUGCUUCCACCGCCAGGAGCCCACCGGCGCCGGGCAUCGCAGCGAGCUAAAGUCGAGCCCGCUUCGAUCGGACCAACUCCGCGGUCCAUGAAGAAGCAACUUGGUUGGCUGCGCGAACUGCAAGCUCCGUCCCGGUGGAAGUUGUACACGCAAACGUCCAACCUUCGCGUCCACCGGUGCACGGUGCAGCACCCGACAAUCCAGUCCCCCGCCAUCGUGCUCAAAGCGUCCUUGUCGAUCCACGCAACUUCCGCGGCGCAGGUGUUUGACAUGCUCCAACAGCUGGACAGUCCAUUCUACAAAGCCAACAGCGUGAUCCGCGACGCACGCGUCGUGAGCAAAGUCGACAGCCACAACGACAUUUUGUUUUGGCAAUUGCAGCCCAUGGUGCUGUGGCCGGUCGUCGUCGAAGGGAGAGAAGUGGUGUUGGCACGGCAUUGGCGUCGAGAGGCCAACGGUACAUACGUCAUGUUGCUGCAGUCGACAAGCCACCACGAGUGUCCCAGCACUCGUCUUGUUCGGGCAGAGGUCGUGAGCGGCAGCUUUGUGGUCGCCCCACCCGCCAUUCCCGUUGACAGUAGUGACGACGACCCGUCUUUGACAAGCUGCCUCGUGACUUUUGUGCUGCAAGUAAACCCGCGCGGGUGGCUCGAUACCUCAUUGGCGAUCCACUGCACAUACGGACAGAGCUACACAGUGGCUAUGCUCGAGAUGCUUGUGGACCUCAAAGCCGCGUGUGUGGCCAAGCAAUACAAAACCGUUCGAGCGCAUGUCGAGACUUCGAUGCUCUCUGGGCGACUAUCGAGAACGAUGUCGACGGAAGAAACGGUGCCGCUGCUUCCGCCGUACGUCCCAGCUGACGAUGAGGCUAUGCUUGCCUGUCGCCAUGCACUUCCAUCCAAGUUUUGGGCCGAACCAGUGGCCAGCAACUUUAUGGUUCGCAGCGUCAACUACUUGAUCGACAAGUCCAAGGAGCCAUCCGAGCGCCAGAUCUUCCGUCUCCUCGGCGUCGAGUGCUUUUUGUCAGAGAGCGCCAAAGCGAUGGAGUCGAUAGGGCUGCAGUCGUUAACUGGGGUGCCGAACAGCACCUUCUUCUUCGUAGUGAAUAUCUUGUUCCCACCGCAUUACAGGUACGAUGUUUGCGGUGAAGGACAACAAAAAAUCUUGUCCCUCUCGCAGCUUGGUGUUUUACUUCACGCCGGAGAACCCCGCCUUCUUGCACGAGCGCGCGGCAUGGACUGAACUGUGCGCCGACUUCUUUGACGGAGAGGACCCUUCGUUCCGAAGCAAGCGAUUGAAGCUCAUUCCUCGCGUGGUGGAAGGCAGUUGGGUCGUUCGAGAAGGUGUGGGAAGCACCCCCACGAUCCUUGGAACCAAGGUGAACCACCGAUACUUUCGCGGGCGUCAAUUCUGCGAAGUUGACUUCGACAUUCGCAGCAGCACGGUCGCAAGUGGUCUUGUGCGCCUUCUUUUGGGUCACGCGCCCGACUUGGUGUUAGAUUUGGGAUUUGUGCUGGAAGGAACGUCGAUGGAUGAGCUCCCCGAACGCGUCCUUGGGACCGUCCGCUUGCGGCACUUGGACCUGCCGACGAUCGCGACGCCGUUUCCAUUUGUCGGUGGCGCGCAAAAUCCGUUUUGAACAACUGUCAUCCUCCAUAACUUAAUACCGUGUCUUUUCCCGAUAAAGAUAGUAUUUAAAAUCC